CCCUGCGCCUGAGCUGGCAGUGCCAAGCAGUGCUGCUGCUUCUCUGUGGAGAGUGGACACGAAUCAUUCCCUUGUGGGCUUCUUUUGCAGAGAACCAGAUGGGGAGGACCUUGAAGGAGCUGAUCUCACAGUUUGAAAUAGACAGAAUUACCACCCAUUCUGCCCUCCUGGAUCUUGAAAAGCUCCCGGAAUUCAACAGGAUUCACCUCACCCGUCACAUUGAGAACGAAGGGCUGCGACAGAAGCUGAUCAGAGAGCUGCAGCUGCUGGUGGAGCACACCUAUGGGGGGCAGCAAGUGGAUCAAGAGGUUCUAGAAAAGGACUAUGUGGAACGAGUCCUCCUGCUGAGAAAGGGUCACAUAAGCUUCCUGAAGAAUCUGGUGUCCAGUGAUUAUUCUUACCUAUGGGUCAGGCCCUCGGUGUCCCGAGAGCAGCUACAAACUAUGUCUGCAGAAGUAGAUGAAAUAGGAAAACUGGUCUUAGGGCUCAUGACAAGGCAGGCGGCUGUUUUGACCAUGGAGGAGCUGAACAAAGACCUGAGAAGCCUCCACAAGCAAAUCAAAGAGACAAAGUACAGCAACGUGAUGCAGCUCCUUCGCUUGGCUCUCAGUGGGCAGCAGCAUGGGCCGAGCGUGGCUGAGAUGAUGGUGACUUUGGGACCCAAAGAAGUUUGUGGACGGAUACACAAAGCCCUGUCCAGCUAA